AGCAACUUUAUUCCGUGGGAUUCCGAAACUACCCUUUUUGUGUUUUCUUGGGCAAGGGUUCACCGUUUCGCUGCAAUUUGAUCGCGCAGCGCAGGCUCAGAUCGCCUUGCUAAUCUUUUCAGAUCGGAUUACCGGCGAUGGGUGACAGCCAGUAUUCCUUCUCUCUCACCACCUUCAGCCCGUCCGGGAAGUUAGUGCAGAUCGAACACGCCUUGAUGGCAGUUGGAUCCGGCCAAACUUCCCUUGGAAUCAAAGCUGCGAACGGUGUUGUCAUAGCUACCGAGAAGAAACUUCCUUCCAUUUUGGUGGAUGAAGCAUCAGUGCAAAAGAUUCAGCUUAUGACUACUAAUAUUGGGGUUGUUUAUAGUGGCAUGGGCCCAGAUUCUCGUGUGCUAGUGAGAAAAAGCAGAAAGCAAGCACAACAAUAUUUUCGGCUAUACAAGGUAUCCCUUAAUUCUGACCAUCAUUUCAUUGACAAUCAUUUUGCUUGCAAAGAAUCAUUGGUAGUUGCACUAAAUGUUUUUUUGUUAUACAUGGUUGCUAUGCAACAAUUCUCAUCCCUUAGAGAUAAACUAAAUAUUCAAAAGCAUGAAAUAUUAAUCUACUCCUGUAGUUAGACUGUUGGAAUAGCU